UCCCUGCCUGCCCUAGCACUCGCCCUGGGGAGAGGUGGGCUCUGGGCGCUGCGCUGUGCUGUGUCUGUAGCUCUAACACUGCUGCCUGGCACGGCUCAAAUACAGGGAACUGCCUCUCAGGUCUUUUUAAAUCCAUACCUUGAGAUUGGAUUAUAUAGCUGGCAAAGAAAAUGGACACCGUAACACACAUUGCCAAGGAUGAACUGGAAGAGCUCCACGAGGCUUUUAAAAAAGUUGAUCUCAACAGCAAUGGCUACAUUAAUGACUCUGAGCUCCAUGAUCUUUUCCGUGAAGCCAAUGUUUCAUUGCCUGGCUUCAAAAUACGAGAAAUCGUUGAAAACCUCAUGAUCGAGGGGGACAAAAACAAAGACCGCAGGAUCAGCUUUGAUGAGUUUGUUUCAAUUGUUCAAGAUUUGAAAAAUAGCCAUGUUGCUAAAACGUUCAGAAUGGCCAUCAACAGGAGAGAGGGAAUCUGUGCCAUUGGUGGAACGUCUGUUCAGUCCAGUGAAGGAACCCAACAUUCUUAUUCAGAGGAAGAAAAGUAUGCAUUUGUUAACUGGAUAAACAAAGCCUUGGAGAGCGAUCCUGAUUGCAAGAGUGUGCUACCUAUGGAUCCCAAUACAGAUGCUUUGUUUAAAGCUGUUGAUAAUGGCAUUGUACUGUGCAAAAUGAUUAACCUCUCUGUGCCAGAUACAAUUGAUGAAAGAACAAUCAACAAGAAAAAGCUCACAGCAUUUACUAUUCAGGAAAACCUGAAUCUUGCUCUGAACUCUGCUUCUGCCAUUGGUUGUCAUGUUGUCAAUAUUGGCGCACAAGACUUGAGAGAAGGAAAGCCCCAUUUAGUCUUGGGACUUCUGUGGCAGAUCAUCAAGAUUGGGCUGUUUGCUGACAUCGAACUCAGUAAAAAUGAAGCCCUGGUUGCUUUGCUUCGUGAUGGAGAGAGCCUGGAGGAUCUGAUGAAGUUAUCUCCAGAGGAGCUGCUGUUACGGUGGGCGAAUUACCAUUUGGAGAAUGCGGGCUGCCAGAAAAUCAGCAAUUUCCACUCUGAUAUUAAGGAUUCAAGGGCUUACUUCCACCUUUUGAAUCAGAUUUCACCAAAAGGCAAUAAAGAAGGUGAACCACGUAUUGACAUCAACAUGUGGGGCUUGAAUGAGAAGGAUGACCUGAAACGAGCUGAGUACAUGUUGCAGGAGGCAGACAAACUGGGCUGCAGACAGUUUGUCACCCCAGGAGAUGUUGUCCAAGGAAACCCUAAACUGAACUUGGCUUUUGUUGCCAACCUGUUCAAUAAAUAUCCAGCCCUUCAGAAGCCUGAAAAUCAAGACAUUGAUUGGAGUCUACUGGAAGGUGAAACUCGUGAAGAAAGAACCUUCCGCAACUGGAUGAAUUCACAAGGUGUAAAUCCAGCAGUUAACCAUCUUUACAGUGACUUAGUAGAUGCCCUGGUGAUAUUACAGCUGUAUGAAAAAAUCAAGGUCCCAGUUGACUGGAACAAAGUGAACAAGCCACCAUAUCCCAAACUUGGUGCGAAUAUGAAAAAGCUGGAAAACUGCAAUUAUGCAGUUGACUUGGGAAGGAAUCCAGCGAAGUUUUCUCUUGUGGGAAUUGCUGGAAAGGAUCUGAAUGAUGGAAACUCGACACUAACUUUAGCCUUGGUCUGGCAAUUGAUGAGAAGGUAUACGUUGAAUGUUCUUGAAGAACUGGGUGAUGGUCAGAAAGUCAAUGAUGAUAUAAUUGUCAACUGGGUGAAUAAGACACUAAAAGAGGCGGGCAAGAAAACUACCAUUCAGAGUUUCAAGGACAAGAAUUUAAGCUCAAGUUUGCCUGUACUGGAUUUGAUUGAUGCCAUUCAACCAAAUUCUAUUAACUAUGAUCUGGUGAAGACUGGAGUCCUUUCUGAUGAGGACAAGCAAGAAAAUGCAAAAUAUGCUGUAUCAAUGGCCAGAAAAAUUGGAGCUCGUGUAUACGCCCUUCCAGAGGACCUGGUUGAAGUGAAGUCUAAGAUGGUUAUGACUGUUUUCGCCUGUCUGAUGGGCAGAGGAAUGAAGAGGGUGUAAAACAAAAAAAAAAAAAAAAAAAAAAAUGAAUUACAAAGACAAAUGUCACCACAUGCAAGUGAUUGGCCUUUCAGAUAUUUCCAGGUUGAAAUAUGCUGCUGGCAGAACUAAGUUUGUAUUUCUAUUUUCCAAGACUGCUUGGGGAGGAGAGAAUUGCAUAUAUUGCUUUCCCUGAAGUGGUAAUCCAAUAAUUUAGCAAGGUACACAAUGAAAUGCAUUCAUAUAUAAAUACAGAAGAUGCUGACCUGCUGCAUUAUACGACCAUCAUCCUGUUAUCUUGCUCACUUAGAAUAUUGGUCACCGAUAUUGUGGUUGGACAUUGACUGUGCUGGGUUUCUUUUUAAAAGUUGCUUCAAGGCAUUUUGGGAAUCAAUGCUUAUUGGGUGGUGUUAAAUUUUUGAAUGAAAUCUAAAGCUCUCACCUUUCACAGAGAUUGACAAUCACUAUCCUUUGUUACAUUCCACAAAAUUAUAUUGUUAUUUUCUCUCCAUGCUGUAUAUAUACACUGUGAUUUAGCCCAAAACUGCUACUUCUCAAUGUUUCAACACAGUUUGUGGGAAAGAUUUGCUGAUUUUAAGCUUUCUGCUGAAGGCUCCAAGACCAAAAACAUUCACUUUUUUGUUCUGUUUUUUUUUUCUGCUUUACUGAUGACAGACAGACAUAUGUAGCUGAAGCAUUUUCUGUGUAUUUUAAUUUUUGGUUAAGGCUACAUAGCCCACCGGUCUCCAUUCCAGGUAUAGGCUUCAGUGCAUUCCAUGGCCAAAGUAAUAAUGAAUCGUUUUACUACAUAUCUUUUAUCUUUUAAAAUUUGCUUUUAAGAAGAAAAGGUAGCAUCAGAGAUCAAUACAUUUUAUUUAAAAAUAUUAUGCAAUCAUUUUAUGCCAUGAAGUGCCAAAGUUCUUUUUGUUUAGAGAACUACUUCUUCAGUUUGGGAAAGUAGGACUUUUGCAGUUCGUUGAGUAAUUACAGGGUUCCCAGAGUGGAAAAUCCUGAGAUCUCGGGUGUGUUUUGAAGUCCUGGAAUUUGGUGUUUGCUAAUCUAAAUUUUUAACAGCUCGGUAAAGCUUUCAUUAAUAUAGUAUGGGCAUGGUGGCAAGAAGUGGAUGAAAAUAAAAGUUUUGAUAUCUAC